AUUAUUCAUGAGCUAAUGCACAUAUGGAGUUCUAAUGAAAAAAGUUGCAGUGUCAGUAAUCCCUUUAGAAGUGAUUAACCUUUUUUGGAGUGCACUAUAUUGCCAAAAGUAUUGGGACACCCUUCCAAAUCAUUGGAUUCAGGUGCUCCAAUCACCUCUAUGGCCACAGGUAUGCAGACUGCUUCUACAAACAUUUGUGAAAGAAUGGGUCACUCUCAGGAGCUCAAUGUAUUCAAGCGUGGUACCAUGAUAGGUUGCCACCUGUGAAUUAAAUCCAUCCGUGAAAUUUCCUUGCUACUAAAUAUUCCACGGUCAACUGUUACUGGUAUAUUAACAAUGUGGAAGCAACUGGGAACAACAGCAACUCAACCACAAAGUGGUAGGCCACAUAAAAUGACAGAGGAGCCAGCGCAUGCUGAAGAACAAGGUGAGAAGAAGUCGCCAACUGUCUGCAGAGUCAAUAGCAAAAAACCUCCAAACAUUUUGUGACCUUCAGAUUAGCACAACAACAGUGCAUAGAGAGCUUCAUAGAAUGGGUUUACAUGGCCGAGCAGCUGCGUCUAAGCCUUACAUCACUAAGUUCAAAGCAAAGCGUCAGAUGCAGUGGUGUAAAGCACGCCACCAGUGGACUCUAAAGCAGCAGAGAUGUGUUCUCUGGAGUGAUGAAUCACACUUCUUUGUUUGGCAAUCCAAUGGACAGUACUUG